AUGGCCUCCACCAUCGACGUCGCGUCAUCCUUCAUCGAGGGUGCCCCGCCCGGCGAGCUCGCAGAUGUCAUCGCCGACGUCAAGGCCCUCACCGCCGACGGUGCAGGUAUCCUUCCUUCCCUUGCUCCCGCCUUUGAGAGGUAUAAUGAGACGCAGCUGGCCACUGUCAAGUUGCCGGGGGCUAGUCAGCAGGUCCUGAUCAGCGAAUACAACAAACUCGAAGGAAACCGUUACUUCGACGUGGAGAGCCAGACAUCGUUUGAGGUCGACCAUGUGACGCAGGAAGCUUCCGCUGCGCAGUCGUAUGUUCUGGAGUCGCAGAAUGGGGAUUUGAUCAAAUCACUCCUCAAAUCGCUCUCCAUCCACGCCGCCGAACACUACCGCUCCUCCUCGUACGGCGUCUACCCGACCGAGGACGACACCGCGGUCGCCAUCGUCCUCGUCGCGAACCGCUACUCGCCUAACAACUUCUGGAACGGCCGCUUCCGCGCCAUCUACACCCUCCCCGUGACCUCCUCCUCGUCCACCAUCACCGGCCACAUCAAGGUCGAUGUACACUACUACGAAGACGGCAACGUGGCGCUCAACACCACCAAGCCCAUCAGCCUGACGGUGUCGUCCGUCGAAGCGUCUACCAUCAUCUCGAAGAUCGCCGCCGCGGAGCGUGACUACCAGGAGGAGCUGAACCGCGCGUUCGUGAGUACCGCCGAGGGCGCGUUCAAGGGGCUGCGCCGCCAGUUGCCGAUCACGCGGCAGAAGGUCGAGUGGGAGAAGGUGGGCGGGUAUCGUCUCGGGCAGGAUAUUUCGGGGGGGAAGGGGCGGUAA